GGCGCCGUAUGACUGUAGGAUCGCACACCGACGACGCGCAGAUAUCUCGGAGGAAGUCGCGUCAGCUCCGUGUUUCCAACAUGGCGUUAGAUGGAAUCGACCAUCAAAUGGACUUGGAAGACAGUAGAGGAGGCUCUGGUCUCCGCCAGUAUUACCUGUCCAAAAUUGAAGAACUACAGCUGACAGUGAAUGAGAAAAGCCAAAAUCUCCGGCGUCUGCAGGCCCAGAGAAACGAGUUAAACGCUAAAGUGCGUCUCCUGCGUGAGGAGCUGCAGCUGCUGCAGGAGCAGGGCUCCUACGUGGGAGAGGUGGUUCGCGCUAUGGACAAGAAGAAGGUCCUGGUUAAGGUCCACCCUGAAGGGAAAUUCGUUGUGGACGUGGACAAGAACAUUGACAUUAAUGAUGUGACCCCCAACUGCCGUGUAGCACUUCGCAACGACAGUUACACCCUCCACAAAAUCCUGCCCAACAAAGUGGACCCACUGGUAUCCCUGAUGAUGGUCGAGAAGGUUCCUGACUCCACGUACGAGAUGAUUGGUGGCCUGGACAAGCAGAUUAAGGAGAUCAAGGAAGUGAUCGAGCUGCCCGUCAAGCACCCGGAGCUGUUCGAGGCUCUCGGAAUAGCACAGCCUAAGGGGGUGCUGUUGUAUGGCCCUCCGGGCACGGGGAAGACCCUUCUGGCGAGAGCCGUGGCUCACCACACGGACUGCACCUUCAUCCGAGUGUCUGGUUCCGAGCUGGUGCAGAAGUUCAUUGGCGAGGGUGCGCGGAUGGUGCGUGAGCUCUUCGUCAUGGCCCGUGAGCACGCACCCUCCAUCAUCUUCAUGGACGAGAUCGACUCGAUCGGCUCAUCGCGUCUGGAGGGCGGAUCGGGCGGAGACAGCGAGGUGCAGAGGACCAUGCUGGAGCUUCUCAACCAGCUGGACGGCUUCGAGGCCACCAAGAACAUCAAGGUCAUCAUGGCUACCAACCGAAUCGACAUUCUGGACUCUGCUCUGCUUAGACCGGGUCGCAUUGACAGGAAGAUAGAGUUCCCCCCUCCCAAUGAGGAGGCCCGUCUGGACAUCCUGAAGAUCCACUCCCGCAAGAUGAACCUGACACGGGGCAUCAACCUGCGCAAAAUUGCUGAGCUGAUGCCAGGUGCUUCGGGGGCAGAGGUCAAGGGAGUUUGCACGGAGGCUGGCAUGUACGCCCUGCGUGAGAGGAGGGUCCACGUCACCCAGGAGGAUUUCGAGAUGGCUGUUGCCAAGGUGAUGCAGAAGGACAGCGAGAAGAACAUGUCUAUAAAGAAGCUUUGGAAGUAGAUGCCACAGCUACCUCCUUGCUGCCUCACAUCUUCUCAUGUGUUUCCCUUUUUGACUUGGUUUAUAGUUGUUGUUAUCUAAAUUUAUUUUAAAUAAAUGGUGUAGCCCGCUGAGAUAUGGACUAUAA